GGGUUCCCGGGAGCUGGGGACGGGAAUAGAACCCGAGGUCCCAGGGAGCUGGAGGUCAUGGGACCCCGGGGGGCAGGGUCGGGCUUCUUUGCAGCUUGCAAUUCCGUGUCCCUAGGGUGCCAGGCUCUGACCCCUGAUUCCCGGACACCCCAUGUCUGUACCACUGGGCACUGUCCCCUGGUUCCACGUUAUCUGUGCCACUGGUGUCCAGAUAGGUGGAAUCCAAAGGAGUGAGGGGAACGGAGACUGGGGUUCUAAAGAGACAGAUAGUAGGGUCUCUGGGAUGGCACGAUCUCACAAACGAAGAUAUCUGGAGGCAUGAGGAAUUAGGAGAACAGAGUUGGGGUUCUCAGCACCCCAAUAUGUGGUAUCACAAGGAUCUAGGACACAAACCAGAGCUCCAGGGACCCAGAUACCAGGGGUCCUGAGGAGCUAGGGGCACAGAGACCUGGGGUUCUAGGUACCCUGUUACCUGGGGUCACAAGGUCAGGUGGCCCUGAGGGGCUUGGGGACUGAGGAUUCUAGGGAUGGGGUAGGGCUGGGUAAUUCCAGGACUCAGGGAUUUGGAGCCUGGAUGAGCGCUCCAGGGCUCUCUGGACCGAAGGCCUCAGGGCCCCAAGGCCUGGUACUGCAGAUUCAGGGCCGGGAACACGGAGCUAAGUAAGGAUCAUCGGACCAUGGAGAGGGACACCCACUAUUCUCCCCAUCCCAUCUUCAUCCCUGAUCUCAGGGAAGGGGCAUCCCCUACCACAGCUGUGGCCACCUCCCUGUCCCCAGUGGACCCCCAGAGCUACAGAGAGCCCCUCUCUAGUGCCCCAGAUCUUUACCUAAUUUCUGUGCCUUCACCCGUCCGCACAGCAGUUGGAGAGCCUCAAGCUGUGCAUCAGGAGGCCUGCCACGGCCUCCCGGCUUUUCCUAUUCCCUGAGUGAGAGCCCAGGCCUCAGUUUUCCCCAUCUGUGUGAUGGGUGCAUAUGGAUUUGCCUGCUGCCAUGGCCCCUUCCAACAGUUUGAUCUGAACAGGAGCUUUACUUCCCCUAUACCCCACUCCAACCAUGGGCUCCCCGUUUCCUCUGCUGAACCUGCCUACACCUCUGUACCCCAUGAUGUACUCCAUGGAACACCCCCUGUCAGCGGACAUCGCCAUGGCCACCCAUGCAGAUGAGGACGGAGACACGCCCCUCCAUAUUGCUGUGGUGCAGGGUAACCUGCCAGCUGUGCAUCAGCUUGUCAACCUCUUCCAGCAUGGGGGCCGGGACCUGGACAUCUACAACAACCUCCGCCAGACACCGCUCCACCUGGCUGUGAUCACCACGUUGCCGUCGGUGGUCCGGCUGCUGGUGAUGGCUGGUGCCAGUCCCAUGGCGCUGGACCGCCAUGGCCAGACGGCCGCCCACCUGGCCUGCGAGCACCGCAGCCCGACCUGCCUGCGGGCCCUGCUGGACAGCGCGACCCCGGGCACGGUAGACCUGGAGGCCCGCAAUUACGACGGGCUCACCGCCCUGCACUUGGCCGUGAACACGGAGUGCCAAGAAACAGUGCUGCUCCUGCUGGAGCGCGGCGCGGACGUGGACGCGGUGGACAUUAAGAGCGGACGCUCCCCGCUCAUCCACGCGGUGGAGAACAACAGCCUCGGCAUGGUGCAGCUGCUGCUGCAGCACGGCGCCAACGUGAACGCGCAGAUGUACUCGGGCAGCUCCGCGCUGCACUCGGCGUCGGGCCGCGGGCUGCUCCCGCUCGUGCGCACGCUGGUCCGCAGCGGCGCCGACAGCGGCCUCAAGAACUGCCACAACGACACGCCGCUCAUGGUGGCGCGCAGCCGCCGGGUCAUCGACAUUCUGAGGGGGAAGGCCACUCGCCCUGCGUCCACAUCCCAGCCAGACCCCUCCCCCGACCGCAGUGGCACCACCUCCCCAGAGAGCAACAGCCGCCUCAGCUCCAAUGGUCUCCUUUCUGCGUCACCAUCCUCUUCACCCUCCCAAUCUCCCCCCAAGGAUCCUCCUGGAUUCCCCAUGGCUCCCCCCAAUUACUUCCUUCCUCCCCCAUCUCCACCUGCCUUCCUGCCCUUUGCUGGGGUCCUCCGAGGCCCUGGCCGGCCAGUGCCCCCCUCCCCAGCUCCAGGAGGCAGCUGA